UUGACCUUGAUAUAACUAUUUUCAAAUAAAUUAUCAUUUUCAAGAUUGAAUAUUUGAAUCAAAAUCUUCAUACUGAAGACAGAUCAGAAUUCGCAUAACAAACAACUUGUUGGUGUACAUACAGUACAUGAUCGUUUGUGUUGUUUGAUUGUGAUUCAAAUUGAGUUUUUCAUGCACCUGUUUGGCGAGUCGAGARACCAUCUCUGUCCUGCUGUGGAAGAAAACAACUAUUACAAAAGACGAGUUGAAUAAGUCACAGAGAAAAAACGUUGCAAUCGCRAAUACAUUAAAUAUAUAAACGCAACAUUUCUUCGACGAACACUACCCUUUCUUACAAUUUAACACUGCAAUUGGAACUGGAUAUUCAAAUUCUCUCAUAAAUUACGAAAAUAAAGGCAAAAUCUUCAUUACUGGUGACUUGGAUCAAAUUGUCCWAGUAUUGUGUACUUUAUAUUGGCGAAUUCCCGCCGAGAGCAUAAAACUAUCGYACUCUUAUUGGUUGAAAAAUCAAUGACGUCACGUCGUUUACCACAAGUAUAUGAUCUGGAAGACAGCUGAUUGGCUGAUUACAGUCCGGUUGUUUUUUUUCUUCAGAUGCGUUCGCCGAUAAAUCAAAAUACCUUUAAAUAUUAAUGGCCUAUGGUUCCGUACAUGGACCUUGGGCUCUUCACYGUGUAAAACUGCCUCACAAAACACUAGAGAUUGAAAGCAUGGAAUUUACACCUGAUAAUUCUACUUCAAGAAAUACAAGGGAUUUCAUCCUAGCGCCUGUCGGAUGUUUCGGAGGACAUGUUUGACGCUGAACACAAAUAUUCAAAGAUUGAUUUUUAUUUCCUCGAUUGAGAUCCUUGUCAUAGCAAUGAGACUUGAACGUUUAAUGAAUUUAGUUGCUGUCUAAAGGUUGUCGGAAGUUUCCUGGUUGAAAAUUGAUUGUGGAACAAACUACUAUCUGAUGUGGAAAUUCAACGACAAUGAAUUCUGUCAUCUUUCAGUAUUUAGACAACAAAAAAUCCCAACUGAAAACAAAUAUUAAUGAAAACAAGCGAAUUACAAAGAUACGUGAAAAAAUGGCGACCGAAAACCCAGUCAAACAUGAGGAGACACGGCAAAAGCUUCUGGAGAACCUGAAACGUGAGGUCAAGCAAAUUAUGGAAGAGGCGGUUAUGAAAAAAUUUAUCCACGCGGACAGCUCGUCGAUAACGUCAGUCUGUGCUGCUGUUGAAGCUGGUCUUUCACAUGGUCUCAAAAAGAGAGCUGGAGGAUUGCUACCUGCUCAUGACACGCAAACCAUUCUUACUAAGCUUGCUAAAGUAUCACAACCAGCAGCAGAUUUAGUGAAAAAGCUUACAGGAGAAGAUGAACAUGGAAAACAGAAUGGCAACACAUCCCCAAGUGGAGGUGAAAGCCCCACAACUAAAAUGAAGUUUUCCUGGAAUGCCAGUACUUUGCCUGGUGCUAAGAAAGUCAGCGGGUAUAAUGUUACUGGUCAUUGUGGAAAGUAUGUGUGGAUAAGAAUAGCUAUACUUGAAAAACUAAUGGUUAAGAUUGUAGAAGACCUGAAGGCAAAUGCAAGUCAAUUCUAUGAGCAWGAUGCUUUGAUUGCUGAUCCUGGUGAUGGACAGAUCUUCAUGGAGCUUCUUGAGGGGCCUUGUGCUUUAGACUUCUCCAAAAUGAAAACACCUGAUAGUUACUGGACUGAUCCAUCUGCYGAUGAGCUGGUACAGAGGCAUAGAAUACACAGUAAUCUCUACCAUCCAGGGGCUGCAUCCCCAACCACUCAAAGACCACACAUUGGCACCAUUAAAAUGAAAAAAGAAGAGAAUCCUGCUGUUGCACCAGUAAUGGCAAGAGAACACAUUGAAUCACUUCACCAGAACUCYCAUGCAACACUUUUGUAUGGAAAGAACAAUGUUAAUGUACAGCCGAAUGAAAACAACAGCCCAAUACCAGGAUACCUUUCUCUGCAUAAAAACAAYGAGACUUUAGUAUUAAAAUGGACACCAAAUACACUCAUGAGUGGCUGUGAUGAGAAGGAAAAGAGUUUGUUUUGGGAUCAUGCACUCACUGUCAAUCUUAGUGAUGUGGUUUAUUUGCACUGUCAUCAACAGGCUGUUUCUGGGGCUGUUAUCCUUAUUGGUCAAGAUGGCGUCCAAAGACCUCCCAUUCACUUCCCGACCCCAGGCUCUCUCCUCUCAUUCCUCAACUGCCUAGAAAACGGUCUUCAUCCACAUGGUCAACUAGACCCACCACUCUUUUCACCUCGGACCAGAUCUCUCAAUCUUCCUCGGCUGAGAAGCACUGGGGAGAUGUCAGCACCAGUCUCUCCUACCAAGGAAUUCAGCAACCAAGACUAUGUUUUCAGGCUUGUUUCAGGAACCAAACCAGAGGAUAUCGUUACAAAAGAAAUGGAAAAACUUGGACCAAAGAAACGAUCAAGUAAGAAACCUGGAAUACCAAUCAGUAAACAAGACACCUAUACUAAGAAGUCGAGUUUUAGUCGACGUUUUCAAAAACCAAGCACACCCCCUACACGGCAAUCUUUGCAUACUGCAUGUGAAACCAUGAAGAGGCAGAUUCUACUACGAGGAUUGAAUGGAUGGUGUGCAUAUGUACGUCAUCUCAAGACAGUAAGAACACAUCUAUCGUCACUCGUCUUACAUGAGACCAUUGAAGACCACCUAGGAGGACAUCGCUUUACUGAAGGACUUACUCCAGAUAUAUGGAACAGCCUCUCAGCUAAUGGAACGGUCAAAGAUAAAGAUACAGUGAACAAAUACACAUACUUUGGAGGUAUUGACAGCUCGAUUCGUAAAGAAGUUUGGCCAUAUUUACUUCACCAUUAUAAGUUUGGUUCAACCCCAAAGGAAAGAGAGCAAACAGAUAAAGAAAACAAUCUACAUUACCGACAAAUCUUAGACGACUGGAAAGCCGUAGAGGCGUAUAUAAUACAAAAUGAGAARGAACAUGAAGUAGACGGCGUCUCGAUGGGAAGCACAGGCAGCCGUGAUGAAGUCUACGAGCAACUAGAGAUGAUAAGCUCCGGUUUAGAAAAGCUUGGUAAUUAUGAACAAUCAAGAGGAAGCAUCGAAGAGCCAUCAGUCGAAGGACUUGACGAGGAAUCAAAGCAAAGAAUUAUGAGUGGUCAAGAUUUGACUAUCACYAAUGGUGACGAUGAGAGUGGAUGUUGUGACUGUGAYGUCARCAGUGACAAGAUGUCACACUUAAUUCUAUGUCGAGGCUGYGGGAAGAAGUUUACAUCAGAGUUAAACGGUAAUGAUAGCACCAUUACAAAUGGACACGAUGAUAGACAGGAAUACAUUGAACGACAGACCAGUAAAGAAGCCAUGUCCGACCAAGAAAGCGAUGACUCUUCGUUAUGUAAACAGUGUAGUCAAGAUGGCAGUAUAACCAGCGGUCCUUACUCGGCGGACCUGCUUGAAAACUUUGGAAUGAAUCUCCAUCGAAUCGACAAAGACGUGCAGAGAUGCGACCGAAAUUAUCACUAUUUUACGCGGGAAAAUUUAAAGAAGCUACGGAACGUCAUCAGUAGUUACGUAUGGUGUACGUUAGAUAUUGGUUACGUACAGGGCAUGUGCGACUUAGUAGCCCCGCUUCUUGUUGUAUUUGAUGAUGAGGCCAAGACGUACAGCUGUUUUGUUCAUUUAAUGGAGAGAAUGAAUCAGAACUUUCCCCAUGGUAACGCCAUGGAUUUGCACUUCGCUAAUAUGAGAUCGCUCAUCCAGGUUUUAGACCCAGAAAUGUUUGAACACUUGCAGUCAAACAACGACCUGACACACUUUUACUUCUGCUAUCGAUGGUUCUUGCUGGACUUUAAACGAGAACUGUUGUACGAAGAUGUGUUCGUGGUGUGGGAAACGAUAUGGUCUGCACGUCACUGUAGUACCGAUCACUUUGUGCUGUUCAUCGCUCUCGCUCUUCUCCAGUUUUAUCGGGACAUAAUUCUGGAUAACAAAAUGGACUUCACUGAUAUUAUUAAAUUCUUCAACGAAAUGGCAGAGCGUCAUGAUGCAAAGGCCUCCCUUCAAAAAGCUCGAUCACUGAUUAACAAAGUACAAGACUUAAUACGAAACCAGUAAGAGAUUAUGGGAUAGUUCACAUGUCAAACAACACUCGACUGCGGACAAGCCGGUCAGCGGCAAUCUCCAUGAGGGCAAUUGAAUUCGCGAUAUCACUCUUUCAAAGAAUUUGGUUUCUAACAAUGCGGGCAUAGGGUUGUUUGCAAACCAAAUCUGAAGUUUAUUCUGGAACAGAUAUGAUAAAUUUAUAAUUCAAAACUUUGGCACAAAUUUCCUAAAUAAUAUGGUAACCUAUCGCUUCCAGGAGCCGAGCCAAUAUCAACACUUAAAUCAUGAUAAUAGAGGAAAUAUUAUCCACUUCGUUCUUUGGCCUUUGUUUUUUAAGGUCAAAUAUCUGGGAAUAUACGUAACUAAUACUAGAAAAUCGUUCGCUUUCAGCAGAUAUAAGUACAAGGACCUUUUAAUAAUCGGUCAUUAAUAGAUUAAUAAGUAAUUAAUAAUAAGUAAUUAUGAAAUUGUUGUAGAUUAUUUUAUUUUACUAAAUAGUACAUCUCUGAAAUAUGUCGAGAUGUGGAUCGCCAGAUAUAGGGCAGUUUUACCUUUAAAAAGAUUUGAUUCCCAUUUGGGUUUACUGGCUAUUCCCAUUGUUUCAAYGGCACUAUAUUCACUUAGCAAYCAUUACUCUAGAGACAAUUACAUUCUCAUUAGCUAAAGUAUGGAAAUUCAAGGCCGAGCCUUGUGUCCUUAAUGUUUAUUAGUUUAACAACCUCAGAUWCACAUAUUAUGCUACUUACAUCGUAGUUUAGCCCACUCGAUAAGUCAUUCCAGAUUUUGAGUUCGAACUGUAGUUUGGUUGUAGUAAAGAGCAGUUAAGCUUUAUUAUAUACUCUUAUUGGAUAAUUUAAUCAAGGCAAUCAACCAAUCGAAUGACAUAUCUGAGAUCACGUGAUACAGAUGCACUUUCAAAGUAAGAUAUAUGCACUGGCUGCCAUAAGAAAGUCUUAUAAAGGUAAAGUUUUAAAAUGAUUUCCAAAUCAUAUAAAUUCMCAUCAAAUAUUUGAUGAUAGCAAUUCAAAUGUUUAUUGUAAAUAGAAAAUAAUUGUAUAUGGUAAACUGAGGAAUGUUAUUUAAUGUUAUUGUUAAUGGGUAAGAAGUACAAUAUGAUGGACUUCAAGUAAAUCUCUAUAUUGUUUAUUUUAAGAAGACAGAUAUUGGGGGUUGAAAUAGACAGUAGGGAUACAAAUGAAAUAAAAUAACAGUUAAAACGAA